AUGUCCUCCCCCACUCCGCUCCCGAAAUCCGGCCUGCUGGCGAGGCAGCAACGGCGCCCAGCAACAAGGCAAAAGAUCCACUCCAAAAACCGCGCCGCCGCCGUUGCUGCCGCCUGUUCCGGAGCACUGUUGGCAAACAACUGUCAACAACAGAAAGAUGAAGGCCUCCUCCUCACCACCCACCCUUACACCGACCAGCGCCAAUCGCCCCUCCUCCGCCUCCCCUCGGAGAUCCGCCUUUUGAUUUACUCUUACCUCCUCCCCCACGCACACGACAUCACCUUCCACCCUCUGACCCGCAAGCAUCCGGCCACAAACGCCCCCGUGGCCUCGCACGCCGUGCACAUCCCCGGCGUCUGGGCCAGCAUCGGCAUCUGGACCGCCCUGCUGCGCACCUGCCGCCAGCUGCACGACGAGGGUGCCGACGCCCUGUACGGCGGCAACGCCUUCCACUUCACGCUGACGAGCCGCGAGCGCGUGUGGGCCUUCACCCCUCCUCCCCCGCCGCCGGCAGCAGCAGCAGCAGCAGGCACCCACGACGGGGAGGAGGAGCAGGACGACGACGGCGACGCCAUCUCGUCCCCCACGGCGGACCGCGGCGAGGGGGGAGCGGCGGCGGCGGGCGAGGGCGGGCUGAGCGCGCUGAACACGCCGCACGCGCGCGGGCUGCCCAUCAACACGCUCAAGACGGCGGGCAUCUCGGGCGCGGCGCUGCGGCGCAUGCGCACGCUCAGCCUGCGCAUCGAGGAGGACCUCGCGCGCCCGGAGCCGUUCCGCCGCGUGCGGGCCUGGCUGCGCGAGCUCGUCGACCGCCUGUCGGGCGCCGCCGCCCCGCGCGGCUCGGCAACGUGCUGCUGCCUCCGCGAGCUGCGCGUCGAGCUCGUCGCCGGCUCCUUCCGCUACGCCGGCUUCCCCAGCUUCACCCACACCGUCUUCUGGGAGUUCUUGCCCGAGAAGAACGACGCCGUCGCCCGCCAGUGGCAGUUCGUCCUGGAGCCGCUGGCCGACCUCAGGGGCGUGAGGCUGGUCGAUGUGAGGGGCCAUGUGGACGAGGCGUUUGCGGGCAAGUUGGCGGGCAGGAUGAUGCAGGGCGGUGCGGGGGAGUCGGGGGCGGAAGAGGAUGGGGAGAUGGAGGGGAUCGAGUAUGGGACGCAGACGGUGCGGAGCGGGAAUAGGUCGGUGACGAAGAGCAUGCGGAAGUUCUACGAGCCGGAGCUCGACUGGCGGCUGGAAGGGGACUGA